UUUUCCCCUUUAUUUCCCCAUCCGGCCGCCAUUUUCCCCCCCUACCGUGACGUCACCGCAGCGCCGCCUCUUUCCCCUUAUUACGUCAUUAACAAGCGCCGGAAGUUCCCUCACCAGAACCGGAAGCCGUCUGACCGGAACCGGAAAUCAGCUCCGCGCGGUCGGAAGCGGCUGCUUUCAACCAAGAUGGCGGCUCCCGCUCCCACCGCCGCUCCGGGGCCUCCAGUUGGGCCCCCACCUGCGGCACCCACCGGAACCGGAAACGGCAACGGCACCGGAAACGGAACGGGAACCGGUUUGAGUCCGGCCGGAAGUGGAACCGGGGCGGCCAAAAGCGGAGAGGAGAGAAUGAAGGAGAUGGAGGCGGAAAUGGCGCUGUUCGAGCAGGAGGUGCUGGGGGCCGCCCCCCCCCCAUUGGAUUCAAUGGCGCUGCCCCCCCCACCGCCCCCCCCCAUCAUCAGACCCGUCAUCGCCACCAACACCUACCAACAGGUCCAACAGACCCUUGAAGCUCGAGCUGCCGCCGCCGCCACCGUCGUGACCCCAAUUGUCGCCCCCCCCGUCCCAUUUGUGGGGCCAGGUGGGUCCCGACCCCAUAGAAACCCUAUAAACCCCAUAGAAACCCUAUAAAC